AAAUCACCUUGAUUAAUUAUGUUUUGAUCUUUAAAAAUAGUUUUAAGUGAAAAGUUUAAUAUUUAAAUACUUUAAGAAAAAUGAGGAGCCGAAGUAAUUCAGGCGUCCGCCUGGACUACUACCAACGUCUAGUACAUAAGGUCAUAAUGGAACAUCAAAAUCCUGUUACAGGAUUAUUUCCAGCCAGUUUAGAAAAUAGUCAUGCAUGGAUCAGAGACAAUGUUUAUUGUAUAUUAUCAGUUUGGGGUCUUUCCAUGGCGUAUAAGAAAAUAGCAGACCAAGACGAAGAUAGAGCUAAAACGUAUGAAUUAGAACAGUCCUGUGUAAAGUUAAUGAGGGGGUUGUUAAUGUGUAUGAUGCAGCAGAAGGAAAAAGUUGAGAGAUUUAAACAGACCCAAAAUCCAUUGGAUUCUUUACAUGCUAAAUACUCUUCUGUAAGCGGUCAAGUUGUUGUAGGUGACAACGAAUGGGGUCACUUACAGAUUGAUGCCAUCUCCCUUUACUUGCUUCUCUUAGCGCAAAUGACAGCAUCUGGCUUGCAAAUAAUUUUCAACUUAGAUGAAGUAGCCUUCAUCCAGAAUCUAGUAUUUUAUAUUGAGUGUGCAUAUUGCACACCAGAUUAUGGUGUUUGGGAGAGAGGUGAUAAGACUAACCAUGGUUUGCCUGAAUUAAAUGCCAGUUCUAUUGGUAUGGCAAAAGCUGCUCUCGAGGCUAUGAAUGAGCUGGACUUGUUUGGAGCUAGAGGAGGUCCUUACAGUGUGAUCCAUGUUUUAGCAGAUGAAGCUCAAAAGUGUCAAGCUGUACUACAGUCCAUGCUGCCGAGAGAAUCAAGUUCAAAAGAAAUUGACAGUGGUCUCUUGUCCGUCAUCAGUUUUCCUGCUUUUGCAGUUGAUGACCCCACACUUAUAACCUAUACCAGGGAAUGUAUUAUUGAAAAACUACAAGGGAGAUAUGGUUUUAGGAGAUUUUUAAGAGAUGGCUACAGAACGCCAAAAGAAGAUCCUAGAAGACUUUAUUAUGAACCUUGGGAGCUUAGAAUGUUUGAAAAUAUUGAAUGUGAAUGGCCUCUAUUCUUCUGUUACAUGAUCCUGGAUAACUGUUUCAAAGGAAAUAAAGAUGGUGCUACUCAAUACACAAAUCAAUUGGAGGAGAUUAUGAUUCGUACAGAGGAUGGAUUAAAAUUAGUACCAGAACUAUAUUCAGUGCCAGCUGAAUUUGUUGCUGCUGAAUACAAGGAGCCAGGAAGCCAACAGAGGAUACCUUUAGGUCUAUGUCCAUUCCGUUGGGCACAGUCUCUCUAUAUUGUAGGAAAACUACUCCAGGAGGGGUUCUUGGCACCGGGAGAACUGGAUCCUUUAAAUAGACGGCUGGGUUCUGAAAAGAAACCAGAUGUAGUGGUACAAGUUGUAAUUCUAGCGGAAGAUGUGGAAAUAAAAGAAAGACUUGCUGAACAUGACAUACGAGUUCAAACCAUAGCUGAAGUUGCACCAAUAGAAGUCCAGCCUGCUAGGGUUCUUUCUCAUCUCUAUACAUAUUUAGGGCGCAACAAAAAACUUGGGCUUUCGGGUAGGAAAUCUAGAGAUGUCGGUAUUCUUUCAACUAGCAAGUUAUAUUCUCUUGGCGACAAAAUAUUUGCCUUUACGCCUCAGUUUAUGGACAUUACCCAAAAUUACACAGCGAAUGACUAUGAGUUGAUGAUAGACAUGUGCAAGAGCGAAAUAAACUUUUUAAAAUCAAGUUGGCAGAACAUGCUAGGAAGACCUUUAACCGUGGUGGUCUGUCGACACAUACACUUAGAGGAUGGCAAAUUACCACUAGCUAUGAUAACUACAAUGAAAAAACUAAAAUCGGGAUAUAUAAAUGGAACCAGAGUUACUCUUGGAAACCUCAACGACUUCUUGAGUACCAGUUGUAUUACUAAUCUAAGCUUUCUUGGAUGUCAUGAAGAUGGUCUCCCUGAUAAAUUAAACCCACAAGUUCAACAAUACAUGGAAGAACACUCCGUCAAAACAUUAUCUCACAGAUACUCUUUAUUAACAGUAUCCAGAGUUGGUCCAAAGAAUAAACAUUUAAUGCGAAAAAUGUCCGUGAGAGGUGCUGUCAAGAAAACAAGAUCGAUCAACGUGGACUUACUUCCACCUUUUGCUGAAACUCUAGGUAUGGAAGGUAACACUUCGUUAGAAAGAAGAUCGUCGAUGUUCUUUUCUCCAGCUGUUUUGGACCAAGUAGAUAACGCGAAGGAUGAUUCGAUGAGAACCCCUUCACCCGAGAAAAAACCGCUGAUGCCGAAACCUAGCAUCAAUGUUUCUAGACAUAGGCACCAGUCUGAAACCCAGUAUGCUGAUACAGAGGUAGAUGAACUGUUUGCUAUGCUUAGAGAAUCAGAUUCCCUGGAUGAACAAGGUGACAUCUUGCAGUAUUUAGUUGAUACUAAAGGUUUGGACUACAAUACUGGUAUGCUCGAAUAUGGCCGGGUAGUUACAGUAAAAGAUCUGUUAAAAGGAUUAUACGAAAAGGCCUGCCACCAAAAGAUGUGGGGUUUAGUGCGACACACAGCUGGAAUGUUAGGAAAGCGAGUAGAAGAUUUGGCGAAGUCUGUUACUGAUUUGUUAGUACGUCAAAAGCAGAUUACUGUUGGUAUGCCUCCAAACAACGAACACACAAUUACAGCCCCACUACCAGAAAACGAUUUAAGAUUAUUGAUACACGAAGCCUAUGGAGAAGAUGACAGUACAGCUAUGUUGACACAAGAAUUAUUAUCCUAUUUAGCUAUGUUUAUUAGGACUGAACCGCAGUUGUUUUUGGAGAUGUUAAGAUUACGAGUUGGACUGAUCAUCCAGGUCAUGGCUACUGAACUUUCAAGAACUCUUAUAUGUGAUGGUGAUGAAGCAUCAGAACAUCUUCUCAAUUUAAGUCCAUUCGAAAUGAAAAAUUUGCUCCAUCACAUUAUCAGCGGAAAAGAAUUUGCGAUUAGUAGUGUUGGAAGGGGCAAUUUUUCGAUUGUUACCAAUAAAUCUAGCCGCAUCAGUAAGAAAAGUCACAUUAGUUUGGCGAAUGACCCCUCAGAGGACAUUGUAGAACCGGAUCGUCAAGGGCAGUGGUUGAGACGAAGAAGACUGGACGGAGCCCUUAACAGAGUCCCUAGAGAUUUUUAUUCGAGAGUGUGGUCUAUACUCGAAAAGUGUCAAGGUUUAGACAUUGCCGGAAAAGUCCUACCCCAAACGUUAACUCAAGAAAUGACAUCUGGUGAACUGAAAUUUGCUCUGGCAGUAGAAACUGUUCUAAAUACGAUUCCACAACCAGAGUACAGACAGCUUAUAGUAGAAGCUUUAAUGGUUCUCACAUUAGUCUCGGAAUAUAACAUCGUUGCAUCGCUAGGAGGUAUUAUUCAAGUGGAGUAUUUGGUACAUAUAGCCAACGAGUUGUUCCUUGAUGAUCAGAUGAAAUGUGAAGGUGACGCUACUUUAUGUUGUGCUAAACCUAAAGAACUGAGAGAAAUGUCUAGAACUGGAGGAUUAUUGUGCGGCGGAGCUGCUUAUAUUUGUCAACACUUUUACGACAGCGCUCCAAGCGGCUGUUACGGAACUAUGACGUAUAUGACACGAGCUGUAGCGGUCACUCUGGAAGGCUUACCAAAACACGGCGAACUGGACUGCACCAUCAGCUAAACAACUUUUGAGCCUUUUAAGGGGCUAUCCUAGUGUAAAAGUACGAAUACAUACCUAUACUUUUUUUGGGAAUUUCUAAAAUAAAAAAAAGUACUGUACCAAUUGUUUUGAAAAUUUGCAUGAGCAUUUAUUAUAAAAAGAAGUACAUGUUAAACAAUUUUGAUAAAAAAAUAUUGAAAAGUAAACGAAUUAUGCGCCAUCUACUGACGCCGUGAAAAUAAAAACAUAGCUCCACUGCUGCAGUGAUUGGGACUAAAAGAGAUCCUGACACAUAAAAUUUCAAAGUUAUUAUUGAAAUAUAAGUUAUUUUCUAUACCAUCAACUAGGGGUUUUUGAUCGGAUAAAAAAUGUCAAUUUGGCGGUUUUUGAAACUGAAAAUGUUUUAGAAAAUUUAUAUUUUAGCAAAUUUUAAUAUUUUUCACAAAUCCUAGUUGAUGGUAUAGGAAAUAACUUGUAUUUCAAUAAUCACUUUGAAAUUUUAUGUUUCAGGAUCUCUAUUAGUCUCAAUCACUGCAGCAGUGGAGCCAUGUUUUUAUUUUCACGGUGCCAGUAGAUGGCGCAUAAAUCGUUUAAUUUUUAAUAUUUCUUUAUGAAAAUUGUUUUACAUGUACUUCUUUUUAUAAUAAAUGCUCAUGCAAAUUUUCAAAACAAUUGGUACCUACAGUACUUUUUGUUUUAGAAAUUCCCAAAAAAAGUAUAUGAAUUUCGUACUUUUACACUAGGAUUGCCUCUUAAAUAAGUUGAAGAUUUCUUAUUUGAAAAUGUGAUUAUUUUAAAAUUCGUUUUAGUCAAUUAUUCUAUGAUAUGGAAUUAAUAUAAUCUAUAUAGGGCUUUACCAAACAAAAAAUUUUGAGUUUUUUUUCUUAUACGUGUUAUUAAAAUUAGUUUAUAACCAAAGAGUAAUACUUAUUCUUUGAUUAAAUUAAGUGUUUAAAUUAAAGUUUCUUACUAGACUAUUAAAAAUUAUGUUUGUUUUGUUUGGAAAUUCAGGUUAAGUCUGGUUUUAGCCAUAUAGCAAAACUCUACCAUUGACGUUGAGGUUUAUUUCUUUACAUUUUGUUUAAUUUGCUGCUUAGAUUACACCAGCUACCUGUUUCACUGCUAGUAGUAGGUUUGCUACUGGGUGUAAUAUGUAAGGUAUAAUCUAAACUGUUAUUGUUCUACUAUAUUGUUGACCGUAUACAAUUUUUUUGGAUUCUGGUUGGAUUGGUUUUCUUGAUUGAGGUAGGAGUCUAUCGGGAAAAAUCAGCAAUACAAUAUCGCAUUGAGGGUCGUUUCCAUAUGAAAUGGUGCGAUGACAUAUACAAGCACAUAGGAAGCUAGUUUAUGAAGAUAAAACAGAAAAUUAUAUUAAAAUCAAGAAUAAAGAAGCUACGCAAUUACUAACAUUGUGCAGUGUCUAAGGUGUCAUUUUUAUAAUUAUACGUUGUUUAAUAACUAUUCGCCCAUUUAGGUAUGUUGUUGGUUGUUUGAUAACCAUUUUUCUAUUGUUGCUUAUCAAAUAUGCAGUAGCCACAUAUGUUGCUUUCUGCUUAUUGCAGAUAUUCAUUAUGCAUCAUUGUUCAGUCGUGGACUAAGCAUAUGGCAUAAUAAGAUUUAUUGUCCAAUAUUUUUUUGUUUUGUGGCCUUGGUUUGGAACCUUUAGCCACGUAAUUACAUAUAAAUAUUAUCAUUUAUUCAUACAGGAUUAUACAGAGGGCUUACCCUUUUCACGCUCAGGGCUUCAUCAGAGCAACUUCAUUAUAACACACAAGAUAUACUGUCGAUCAUAUUGACAGUCUACACAUUCUCUUUAUAGUCGGCGAUAGUGGAAGCGGUUUCCGCUUACGGUCAAACCGCGCGGACCCGCUUUUAAAUGUUUUGAAAAUGAAUGCACGUCUUUAAAUGUACACGAACAUAGUCAAAGCAGGUUCGCGCGGGCCAACUGCUUUAACCCGCCUGACCGCUUUUACUCGAAUGAGAAUUUAGUUUUGUCCGCGCGGUUUUAAUGUUUGUACAAUGAAUAAGGAGGCAUUAAUUGCUGCCGUUUUUGAAAGAUCCCCUAUUUGGGACACGAGAGAGAACGAUAUGUCACGUUCUUUCAUUAUCUUAUUUUCUUCUUCUUCUUAAAGUGCCUAUCCGUUCCGGAUGUUGGCGAUCAUCAUGGCUAUUUUGACUUUGUUUACCGCAGCGCGGAACAGUUCAGUGGUAGUCGUGUUAUACCACUUACGUAAAUUUUGAAGCCAGGAAAUGCGUCUUCUUCCCGGUCCUCUUUUACCAUUUACCUUCCCUUGGAGAAUCAGUUGGAGAAGGCCGUAACGUUCUUGAUUUCUCAUUACAUGUCCUAGAUAUUCUAAUUUUUUUGUUUUUAUGGUUAUGAGAAUUUCACACUCUAUCCCCAUUCUACGCAGGACUUGCACAUUGGUAAUUCGGUCAACCCAGGAUAUACGUAAGAUGCGCCUAUAACACCACAUUUCGAAAGCCUCGAGCCGAUUCAUAGAUGCAACAGUUAGUGUCCAUGCUUCCAUUCCGUAGAGCAGAACUGAGAAUAUGUAGCAUUUCAACAGACGGUAUUUUGGUUUUAAUGCUAUGUCUCGACUGUUGAAAAUGGGUCUCAUUCUAACGUAUGCUGCUUUCGCCCUUAUUAUUCGCUGUUUAAUUUCUGUUGAGUGGUCCCAUUGGCUAUUUAAAUUCGUACCCAGAUAUGUAUAUUGCUCAACUCUUUCGAUAUUCUGUUGGUUAAUUGUAAGUUGAGCGUUUAGUAUUGGUUUCUUACCAAUUGUCAUAAAUUUGGUCUUCUUUAUGUUAAGAGCUAGUAUCUGUUGCUGACUUCUGUUAUACGAUUUGUUAAUAUCUGUAAAUCAUUGAGAUUAUCGGCAAAAACUAUGGUGUCAUCUGCAUAUCUAAUGUUAUUCAACCAUUCACCAUUUAUUAAUACUCCUUUGGCACAACCGUCUAAAGCUUCCUUAAAUACCGAUUCAGUAAGUAUUGAAUAGUAGUGGAGAUAAAAUACAGCCCUGUCGUACUCCUCGUUCUAUUGCAAUUUUAUCAGUUAACUGGUCUUCUAUUUUGAUUUUGGCCGUUUGAUUGUAAUAAAUGUUUCUGAUAAUUCUUAGAUCUUUGUUGUCAAUUCCAAUUUCUUGCAUUAGAGUUAUUAAUUUGUCAUGUUUUACUCUGUCAAAUGCUUUCUUUUAAUCUUAUUUUAAGUUUUGAAAUAGAUGAUGAUAUUCUCCAUAAAUUAUUUUUUCGCGAUUAAGAAAAUGUAUACCAACUUUUUUUCUUUUCAGUUAGUCAAAACAGAAUCAAAAGCAAUCAUAUCGUCAUCAGAAGACGAAAUUUUGCUAUAAGUUAUAGACGCAACUGACAAAUUUGAGCCAUUUUUCCCGCUUUUACCCGUCUUCACUGUGUUACCAUCCCGCGCGACAACCGCUCAGAUUCGCGCGGUUUGCCCGUAAGCGGAAACCGCUUCCACUAUGUGUGCCGCCAUACACAACAAACUUAUUAUUGUUAAUAAAUAAAUCAAAAGGUAAAAAAUUAGUUUAGAAUGUAUUGAGAUUUAUCAGUUUUCCAGUGUUAUGGAAUGUCGAGAUAAAUGGUAUCUUCAAGAAUAUUUAUAUGUAGUUGCUAAUUGUAGAAAACGUUAAAGUUGGAGGAAUUGCAUCUCGCAUUGUAAUUUAUUCUGUCUCCGACAAUUUAGUGUAUAAUGUAUCCCAGUUCCUGUAAGAUGGCUAUUCUUGAUCUCAGUCUGUAGUACAUGUACCACUGGUGGUACAUUAAACUAUUUGGGGUGAUAUGCAAAAUGCAAAAACACAAAAGCAGCCAUAAACAGCACCGCAUAAAAAUAACACACAAAAAAUUAAGUAGUAUUUUACAUUAUAAGUUCAGUAGGUGAAUAUAAAACUAAAAUACGGGAGCAUUGUCGAAAUGCGAUUAUUAGUUAAAAAUCACAAUAAAGAUGCACUAGAAAUAAACAAACCAAGACACUGGAAUGUUACGAGGAGCACUCCCGAAUCAUGAUUUACAAUAUAUAAACUUUGUAAAUCAUGAUUUGGGAUAUUGUAAAUCAUGAUUUGGGAGUGCUCAUUGUAAUAUUAACAUGUUUUGGUUUGUUUUUUUCUAGUGCAUCUUUAGGGUAAGAACAGAACUAGUGGGUCGCGGUGGAGGUGAAGGUGGCGGUCGAUGUCGACAUCCAUGUAAAACAAACACAUUGUAGUGAAUGGAAGAGAACAGAGCAGGUAAGUCGUGGUGGAGGUUUAGCGCGAUGCCAUUCAGGAGGUUUACAUCAAUGCCUUUUAAAAUAAAAAUAGUUUGUUUUACAUGGAUGUCUACUGUGCGGCCUACAAGGAUGCUUCCCUGUGAUUCGUCCGUUCGAAGCCAAGUUGUCAUUACCUGCGCUAUCUGAGUUGAUUCUUUUUAUAUAAUCCCUUUUUUGUAUUCAGUUUAUUUUUGAAUUUCUAAAGUAAUUAAAUUCAGUAAAUUUUUGAAAUAUGAAGGAGGAUCUGAUUAUUUACAGCUGACAUUUCAUCACUAUCAUCACUUGACGACACAGCAUCGCAUAUGCACAGUCUUUUUGUCAUUCAAAUUUCAUUAAACUACUUCACUUAAUAGUGAUUCUAGCUUGACUGACAGCGCAGGUGACCUCCUUGCUAUGUGCUAUCGACAUCGACCGCGACUUAACUAGUAGCAUCUACCGCGACCUACACCUCCACCUCGACCUACUUGUUCUGUUCUUACCCUUAGUGUGAUUUUAGUAUAGAUAGGAAUUUCAGUUAUGUAGGCGGUACCAAAAAUAAUAAAAAGAAUUUUGUGGUACAUGACUCAAAAAGAUCGAGAACCACUGAUCUAGAUGAUGUUUGGAUGUAAAUAGCGGAGCGAAAAAAGCAGAUAGCUAUAUCAAAAACAGCUUAAUUUAAUGAGACAAAUAUGGGUAGUGAAAUUUAGGUGUACGUGAAUAAGUAAUGAUCAUUGUUUUGCUUGUAAAAAUUAUAAAAUAGUUGUAAAUUGAUAAUUAAAGUGUAAAAUACUAAUUAUAAUAUUAUUGUGUGAAUAAUAUUUAUCAGUUCUUACUCGACUGUAUGUAUCGUAUCACAUUUUCAAAUAGAUGUUAAAUAAUAUUUUUUUGAUUAGAAUAGAAACUUGUAAAUAUAUACACUAUUUAUGACAUGUAUACAGCUCAAAUUGUUAUAGCUUUAAAAUUGUUGUUAGUUAUGUGUAAGGCUUGGAAAAGUAAUGGAAGCUAUUUAAUAAAGUUGCGGAAACAUUCGAAAUUUGACGCUUUGCUUCUUACGAAAACUACGUGCACGGUACUACAAAUAUUUAUAAUAAGUUCCCAACGAAGAAAAAUCUGCCUAAACAAUUACACGUGAAUCGAUCGUGAUUUCGAACUAGAAUCGCAGGUAAUCACAAGCUUCCCUCGCGCUACGACUCACCUUCUACUCUCUCUAUCCCUAUUUCGCUAUCCUUUUAUCAAUGAAUAUGCCUUAGAAAAGACGAUCAUACAGUGUUCGUAUAUUUCGAGCGCUUUUUCUUAGCUGUCAAUAUUUUAUGGUGAUUUACUGUAGAAAGAAAAAUUGCUUCUAUUUUUCUACCUUUUUUAUUUCUGAGAUAUAAAUUUUUAUUUAUGAUUUUGUUAGUUGAUUUGGAGAUAUUUUUUCCUACAUCCAUGCUAACUUAAAGUUACAUUGAUUUACUUUCUUUAUCACACUUAAUUCAAUAAGUCGUAAGCCUAAGUUUCUUUUAUUAUCUCCUAGAGAGAUCUGCGUUUUUCUGACAAUGAAGCUGAUGAUGUGUAGUCUCAUUCCCAUGAAUAAUCUCUUUAAAAGUUAUCCAAACUUAAUCAUUGUUUGUGUGAAUUUAUAAAUAUUUGUGUUAAAAUCUAAACCAGUCUGUGUGAUCUAGAUAGGUCGAAUGGCAGUAGACGUUUUAACCUACGGAUUUCAUUGGCAUCGCGCACUUUUAGUUGGGCAGCUAACCAAUUUAGGUGCACUAACACUACACUCUUUAGCCCAUUUCUAUCCAACUUUGGACAUAAGCCUUCCCCAACUCUUUCCAUAUCUGUUUGUCCUUGGCUGCACUUUUCCAGUGAGUUUCUGCAGCUUUUAACACUAUAUUUGACACUAAAAGGAUGUAAGACUUCAUUGAUAGAUUCUAAAGGCAUGAUUGAAGAUAUCAUGCUGAACUAUUUCGUUAUUGACGUAGGGAGCAUCAACAAUAGCCGGCAAUACUUUAUUUUGGAACCUCUACAAGAUGGAGAUGUUGGAGUUGCUAGCAGUUACCCACAUCUGGAAUAAGCCUAACUGAUAAUAUAACUUUAAAGUAAAAUUAGACCGUGUGCAUCAACAUAGUCUUUUAAAGUGAUACACUUAUUUUAAUGCUUCUCUGAUAAUUUGAUGUUUAUUUUGUAAAACAAUUUAUUUUUGGUGUCAAAAUAUGCUGUAAUAUCCUCAAUAAUCUACAUAUUUAACGCUUUCUCUGGGGCAAAAUAUAAAUAACCAAUAGUACCUAUGGUACCAAUGGUACAAUUACAGAUUUAAAUGACAAACUGGCAAAAUGGACAGAAUACAUUGAAGAACUUUUUGCAAACGAAAGACCAGAUAUAGCGGUGACAGAACCUACAGACGACACAACAGGACAUGAAAUCCUAAAAAGAGAGAUAGAAUAUGCUAUGAGGAACACUAAAGGGGGUAAAGCUGCAGGACCAGAUGAAAUUCCUGUAGAAUUGUUGAAACUUAUAGACGACACACUUGAAAUAAUGGUGAACCUCUUUAACACAAUUUAUAUAACAGGCAUCAUACUAAAGAAAUGGCUCUCCUCUACUUUUGUCACAAUCCCGAAGACGAAUAACGCCAGAGAGUGUUCAGACCACAGAACUAUAGCAUUGAUGAGCCACACACUAAAAGUAUUUUUAAAAAUAAUUCACAAAAGAAUAUUUAAUAAAUUAGAAGAGGACAUAAGCGCCACACAGUUUGGAUUCAGAAGUGGACUGAGAACACGGGAAGCUUUGUUUGGUCUGAGUCUAUGUAGGUUUCAUAGAUUUUGAGAAGGCCUUCGACAAAGUCAGACACCAAAAGCUGUAUGAAAUCCUAAGAAGCAAAAACAUCGACAGUCGCGACAUGAACAUCCAGUCCAGGUUGUACUGGAGACAAACAGCAAAAAUCAAGGUUGAUAAGGAGUUAACCGAAGAAAUUAAGAUUCGUCGAGGUGUGCGUCAGGGCUGUGUGCUUUUUCCACUACUAUUCAAUAUAUAUAGCGAAACAAUAUGUCAGGAUGCGUUCCUAGAGCAAAACAUUGGUAUGAACAUUAAAGGAGAGUUAAUUAACAAUAUACGAUACGCUGAUGACACGCUAAUAGUAACAGAUAACCUAGCAAAUUUACAGUAUUUGAAGGAAAACAUAAACACUCAUACCAAUAAGUAUGGUCUAAAACUGAACAUCAAAAAGACUAAAUUUAUGAUUGUAACAAAGAAGCUAUACACCAAUGUGAAUUUAACCAUAAAUAAUCAGCCAGUUGAAAGAGUUACGUCCUACAAAUAUUUAGGGGUUUGGUUCACUGAUACUAAUGACCAGACAAGAGAAAUCAAGAGCCGAAUAGAGAUAGCGAGACAAUCAUUUGUCAAAAUGAAAAAGUUCUUAUGCAGCCGGGACAUAAAGAUAAACUUAAGAACGAGAAUGUUAAGGUGCUAUGUUUUCUCCGUUCUUCUGUACGGCAUGGAAGCUUGGACACUGAAAAAAAUAAACAUCAAAAACAUUGAGGCAUUAGAGAUGUUGUGCUACAGGAGAAUGUGGAAAAUACCAUGGACAGAAAGAGUAACAAAUCAAGAUGUUUUGCUGAAUAUGGGGAAGGAAUGCGAAGUGAUAAAUACAAACGAAAAAACUGGAAUAUCUAGGCCACAUAAUGAUAGGAGAAAAUUUCUCUCUGCUAAGACUCAUACAUAAUCCAAGGAAAAAUCUCGGGAAAGAGAAAUGUGGGAUGUAGGAGGAUUUCCUGGUUUCGAAAUUUAAGGGAGUGGUAUGGGUGCAGGUCAAUACAGUUGUUCAGAUCUGCAGCCAACAAAGUUAAGAUUGCUGUGAUGGUAGCCAACCUCCGAUAGGAGACGGUACUGCAAGAAGAAGAAGAAGUACCUAUGGACUAGAUCUGAAGAAUACGGUUAUGUUCGACUUGAAUGUCUUGUAAAGAGUACUUUCGUAUCGUUUUUUUACAAUAUCUUUAAUCAAACACCUCAAUAAUACUGUAUAGUAUCGGGCGUCCAAGCUGUGUAGUACACGUUAUAUUUAAUAAGGGAUCGUUUUACUUUCAAAUUUGAGAUGCAGACAACUUAGUCUAUAUCAGCAACAGGCAACAGAGCUACGGUGUAUUAUUUUUAUUUUCUUCUUCUAAAUGUUCCUAUCUUCUAGAGAUGUGGCGGCUACGUUGACCCAUUUUUAUUUCAUUUAGUUUAAUUUACAAAGGAGUCCAUACAAGAGUAGAUAUCGUUCCGUCGAUAGGGCUGGUAGAUAAUUUUCAUUAUAUGUAUUGGCAUGAACAUUUUUGUGAAUCAUUUUUAGCAAUGUCUGAAUACAAAAUCGAAUACUUGACUGAACAAUAGUGGGCUUUAUGAACCUUUUGAGCAUUUUUAUCUACUAAAGAAAUGUUUUUGGCGCAUUUUUAAGUAAUUCUAAUAUUUUUAAUAACAUAAUAAAAAAGAAUAGAUACUUUUACCUACUUUUGUUGAUUUCGAAUAAGCUUUUGAGUCAAGUUAAAAUUUUAACAACUUAUUGGAUAUAAUAAUAUUUAGUUAUAAAAUCAUGUCAAAAAAAUUAGUCAUUUCAACAGGACUUUACACGUCAGGUAAUAAGAAAGGAUAUUAAAAACAAUGCAAAAUCAUUGACGCAUUAUUGUUUUUGAUCGACGGUGGAACCAACUUUCCUUUUUGAUAAAUCUUCACGCAAAGGAAUGAACACACUGGACUUAGAUGGGCUGGACACAUAAUACGAAUGCCACACAACAUGAUGGUUAAAAAGCUAACCACAGGAUCAGCUAAAAUAAGAAGAAGCAGAAGCCGACCGCGAAUUAGGUGGUUAGAUGAAGUUGAGACCGAACAGAAUGGCGACGAAUCUUAGAGCAAACUAGGAUCCAGAAAUGAUGUCGAGCUAAAGAUAAUAACGAAACCAAUUUAUGUGGCAUAUUAUAUUGUCUACCAAACAAUUCAGGAUGAUUUUUCAGAGCGUGGUUAAGGCCUACAUACCUCCUCUUAACUGUUAUUUUAAACUGAAUAACGUCUAAAUGGUAACCGACGGUAGUACAAUUGAAAGAUUCUAAAGGUACCGGUGGGGGAUGGCGUCUGUGCGCAGUAUUAAUCUGUGUAUGGGAGAGAAACUAUUCGAAAUAAUGAAAUUUUAUAAAAUGUAUAAUUUCAGUAUUUCGAAUACUUUCUUUCUCAUACACCGACUUUCAACUGUACUUGAAAAAAAGAAUGUGUGUGUACUUUGUACGCACGUAAGAAGUUAUACUUCAACGAAAUAAAAUACUUUAAACAGUUUAUUUUUAUUUUAUUAAACUAAUUUUAAUACUUACCACUUUCCAAAAAUCUAAAAAUUAAAAAAAAAGACAGCAAUUGUCCGCAUUUGAACCCGGGACCUCUCGAUCUCUAGUCGAAUGUUCUACCAAUAACCCACGACGGUACAGUUUAUACGGUUUCUCGGACAUUAUGACAAAUCACGGUAACAAAUAGACGAAGUGAAGUAUUAAAUAUAAAUAUGUUUUAAUAAUACGUAAUCUUACUCCCGAGGAGGACAAAUCCAAAGACACAAAAAUUAUAAUAAAUAUAUUUACUAAAAACACUAAUAUACUUUUUCCACACCUUUUUUGGACUAAUAAUACAUAACUUAAAAGAUAUAGCAACGAAUAACAUACUGUCUCUGUGCGCAUGCGCGCAGAAUAAUAAUUUACUCCCUAUCGCGCCUAAAGAAGUGUAACUUCAAAAAAAAUCUUCACUUUAGACAGAAUACUUUAUGAACAGAUUAGAUUUUUCAAAUGUUUUAAAAAUUGCAAAGUUGCGGUACUUAAAAGACUAUAAUUUACUUAUGGUCCGAUAGGUCUUAAUAUUUGACGGGCGACGUUUGAAGGUUGGUACUUUAUAAAUUAUAUUUAGAUUUGUUAUUAGUAGCGCCUUUGUACAUCAUGCUCAAGACUUCUUCCAAAAUCGGACGACACACAUUCAGCUUUAAAUAUUUUUUACUCAUAUAUUGAUAAAAAGUUUAUAAUGGAACCGUCCAUUCUAUAAAUUAUAAGUGAAUAUGUACUUCCAUUACUAUCUAAUUCAGUUACACAAAAAUUGGUGCCAAAUUAUUGUUUUUAUUACAGUUCCUGUAUUUGUUAUUAUUAUAGAAUUUAUUUGCAAAUUCAAUGGUUAAUUCAAGGAACAUGUCAAAUAUGUCAAAUGAUGGAUUGUUAAAAUUAUUUUAUUAGUAUGUAGUUCCGUUUUGUUGGAAAUAAAUAUUUCAGUAAAA